AUGGGCGAGAAAUUUGGUGUCCUGUUCGAUGGCUGGGCAUCGGGAACGCUGCAUUUCGUCGCUGUCUACGGGCUUUUCUCCAAAGGCGUGUUCUACAUCAAGCGCUGCUUGCGGUCUCGCCCGCUGAAUAUGGACAAGGAGCUGAUGUUCACAUUGAUUUGA